CCGGGACCGGCACCGGCACCGCGCCCGCCCCGGCCCCGCCAUGAAGAGCCUCAAGUCCCGCCUGAAGAAGCACGAAGCGGUCAUUGGGGGAAGCGCGCUGAACACAGACUGGAACAAAUAUGAUGACAGGUUAAUGAAAGCAGCGGAAAGGGGUGAUGUGGAAAAAGUUUCAUCAAUCCUUGCCAAAAAAGGAGUCAGUCCUGCUAAACUGGAUGUGGAAGGGAGAUCUGCAUUCCAUGUUGUAGCAUCAAAGGGAAACCUAGAUUGCUUGAACACCAUCCUUAUUCAUGGAGUUGAUAUCACAGCUACUGAUGCUGCAGGUAGAAACGCGUUGCACCUAGCUGCAAAAUACGGACAUCCUCUGUGUUUGCAGAAGCUGUUGCAGUACAAUUGUCCAACGGAAAAUGUGGAUCUUCAAGGAAGAACUGCUCUUCAUGAUGCAGCUAUGUCAGACUGUUCCGCUAGCAUACAAUUGCUGUGUGACCAUGGGGCCUUGGUGAAUUCAAAAGAUGGAGACGGGAGGACACCACUGGUGCUGGCCACUCAGAUGUGUCGUCCCACAGUCUGCCAGCUUCUGAUAGACAGAGGAGCAGAUGUUAAUGCCAGGGACAAACAAAACAGGACUGCCUUAAUGUUAGGCUGUGAAUACGGCUGCAAGGAUGCGGUAGAAGUUUUGCUCAGAAACGGUGCGGAUGUUAGUUUGACCGAUGGUCUUGGUCAUGACUGUGCUUACUAUGCGAGAAUUGGGGACAAUAUUGACAUUUUGGCUUUGAUAAAAGCUGCCGUUGAGGAUUCCAGCAAAGCAAGAGAUACCAUGAAGAGAGGGCAGCUUGAACAAAAGAUUGCCAAUAUGUCACAGAAGUGGAGUCGGCUGCAUGCACAGGAGGAGGUGAAUGUCAAGCUGUAUCAGAAGGAACAUAAUGCUCAGGAAUUGGAGUUAGAAAAUCAAGAUUUGAAAGAUCGCAUGAGAGAAGUGCAGGAGGAGCAGAGGAUGCUGCUGGAUAGAAUCAGUGGGCUGCAGCUGCAGUUGAAUGAGGAGCAAAUGUUUGCAGAUGAUCUUGAAAUUGAGAAAGAUGAGUUGAAGAAAAUCCUAACAACCAAGGAAAAACAGCAGGAAGAAAGCCUGAGAACUAUUGAAGCUCUCAAAGCCAAGCUCAAAUAUUAUGAAGUUGACUUUGUGGGAUCUGGAAGUAACUUUGGUAACAGAAAAGAAGAUUUAUUACUUAAACAAGGCCAAACGUUUGCUGUGGAAUCACAGUCUAGGUCUAUGCUGAGACCCCUGGAGCUCUCUGUGUCAAACCAGUCAUCCAGUUUAGAGAAGGAAGCUUUAAAGAAAGAACUUGACAGCAUGAGGACCAGCUAUGGUGCAGCAAAAGAAGAAAUCAGCAAAUUGCAGAGAGAACUGUCUCACAAGGUAUCUGAAUGCAAAGCUUUGGCAUCAGAGUGUGAAAGAACCAAGGCAGAAUCUGAUGGACAGAUAAAACAACUGGAAGAUGCUUUAAAAGAUGUGCAGAAAAGAAUGUUUGACUCUGAAGGCAAAGUUAAGCAAAUGCAGACCCACUUUCUUGCUCUGAAAGAUCACCUGACUAGUGAAGCUGCUUUGGGAAACAGCAAACUAACAGAGGAGCUGAAGGAUCAGUUGAAAGAAAUGAAAGCAAAGUAUGAAGGAGCCUCUGCUGAAGUGGGAAAACUAAGGAACCAGAUUAAGCAGAAUGAGUUGCUGGUGGCGGAAUUCAAGAGAGAUGAAGGAAGGCUAGUGGAGGAAAAUAAAAGUUUGCAGAAGGAACUUGUUAAGUUGGAGAUGGAGCGAGAUAAAAGGGGGAGAAAUGUCAUGGAGUUAGAAGGGCAGCUCAAAGAAACAGCAGCGAAGUUAGCCCACUGUGUGACUUCAGAGAGAUUUGAAAGCAUGAAGAGUUUGUUAUCAAACGAAGUGAGUGAGAAAGCCAGAAAGUUAGCAGAUAUGGAAGGAGAGCAUGAAAAACUGCAGGCAGAGAUUCUGCUUUUGAAGAGGGAAUGUGAGAGUCAGAAAGCCAAACUUGCUCAGCACAUAAAGCCAGAAGACCACGAGCAGAUGAGGAGUGGGUUUGAGAAAAAGAAUGAGGAACUUGGGAAGACGAUUUCUGAAUUGUCGCAGAAGAACGAGACUCUGCAGAAGGAGCUUGAAAGAUUGCAGAUUGAUAACAAGAUGCUUAAGCAGCAAAUCCAAAUGCUGAAAACUGAAAUUAAAAGCCAGAAUGUGCCUUUAAAAAUUCAUGAAGAAUUGAAGAAAACAAAUGAUCUGACUGUGGGUGACCUAACCAAAAAGCUUUUUGAAAUAACGAAGAAGUACAAUGAAAGCAAAGCAGAAGGGGAAAAGUUGGUGGCAGAGAAGAACAACUUAAGUGAGAAGAUCAGCCACUUCCAAGCUGUGUACCUGUCUCCAGAGCAGCAUGAAAAAGAAGUGGAAGCUUUAAAAUCUAAUGGUAUUGAACUUGAAAAGCGGCUUGUUGAGCUUCAGAAAAAAUACGAUGAUGAACAGGCAAAAGUGUGCAAACUUGUCUCUGAAAAUGCAGACAUAAAAGAGACUCUCAGGGAUCAGUAUGUGCUGGCUACGACACAUGAGGAAAUUAAAACAGCCUUGACUAACACACUAGAGAAGACUAAUGGGGAGCUGUCGGAUCUGAAGAAGGAAACUGAAGAGCUAAAGCAAGAAUUCAUGAGGGUAAAUGAAGAAAAUGGAACUCUGAAAAAUAAGGUGAAGCUCUUACAGAAUCAAAUACAAACUGAGUACAUAAGCUUAAAAGAGCAUGAAACUACAGUGACUACUUUAAAUAGAAGCUUGGAGGAACUUCAGGAGGGCAAUGCUGCGAUUAUGGCUGAAUAUAAGAGGGGUCAAGAGGAAAUUUUACAGUUGCAUGCGGAAAUGGAAGCCCAAAAGAAGGAACUUGACACAAUUCAAGAAUGCAUUAAAUCAAAAUAUGCCCCAGUUGCCUCGCUGCAAGACAGAGAGCAAAGCUUUGAAGCCACUGUACAGGAGUUAAAAGUGCAGUUGCAGGAACAGGUGCAGAAGUGCAGAGAAAGCGAGGAGGAAACUGAGAAGUAUAAAGAAGAAAAUGAAAAGCUGAAAAAUGUCAUUUUGUCCAUCCAAAAUGACUUGCAGCAGAACUACAUACUCGCUGAGAAGUCCCGGGAAAUGGAAAAAAUGUUUGCAAGGAAAAUGGGGGAGUUGAACAAGCAGCUGCGAGAAUUGCUGCAGAAAUACACAGGUGCAAAAGAAGAGGAAGGUGAGCUGGAAGAGAAUAGCCGGCAGCCCAUUGCUGUACAGGCACAGCAGCUUUCAGCAGAGCAGAUUGAAGCCUUGAAGAAGGCUCUUGGUCACACCAUUGAAGAGCUGAAGGAAGCCCUUAGAAGUAAGAACGAAUGUUAUGACAGAGAGACACUAAAAGUGGGAGAACUACAGCAGGAAUUGUCAGGUCUAAAAAAGUCUUCAGUAUCUUUGGUAGAGUAUACGCAAAUGAAGGAAAGGCUAGAACAAGAAAUUGUAGCCAUCAAAAACAGCUUGAGAGGCAAGGAAGAUGAAAACAAAAUUAAAAAUGAGGAAAUCUUGAAGCUGCAGUCUGAGAUUCAGUGUACUCGACAAGCUUUAACAGACCUGGAGAGCAAAGAAGUGAUUGACAUGUCGGAAUACAAAUCCAUGAAGAGUACUCUGGAGGCCCAGAUUAACAGCAUAGCCGAGAACUUGUCCGAUAUGAAUAAAAAGUAUGAGGAAGCCUGCAAGGAGGCUUUGCAAGCUAAAAAGAGUGAGCUUUCUUUAAAGGAUGAGAAGGAGUUGCUUCAGUUACGGAGCUGCAGUAUCGAGCAAGAAAUUAAAGACCAGAAAGAAAGGUGUGAUAAAUCAUUGACAACAAUUAUUGACUUGCAGAAGAGAAUACAGGAAUCUGCAAAGCAGGUGGAAGCCAAGGAUAACAAGAUAACAGAGCUGCUUAAUGACGUUGAACGGUUAAAACAAGCUCUUAAUGGCUUGUCUCAGCUGACAUACACCACUGGGAUUCCCUCGAAGAGGCAGAACCAGCAGGUUGAGAUGCUCCAGAACCAAGUGAAAACACUGCAACAGCAGCUAACUGAUGCUAAAAGGCAGCAUCAAGAGGUAGUUUCAGUUUAUCGGACACAUCUUCUUAGUGCUGUACAGGGCCACAUGGAUGAAGAUGUCCAAGCUGCUUUACUACAGAUCAUUCGAAUGAGACAGGGACUGGUUUGCUGAUGUGCUUAGUGCCAUUGCUCUUGAAGGCUGCUGCAUCCUGUACGAGUGCUGUGAUUAUGGUAGCGAUAACCUUCAUGAGACUUACAUAAUUGUGACAGUAUAGCUGCAAUUAGAACCUUCAAAUAUGAAACAAAUUAUGAAGCUGAAAUAUUUUCUUAUUGUAAAACACUAAAAUAGGGCUAUGAAGUCUCAGAUCUGACACUUCCUUCAUUGGAUUAAUAAAAGAUGUAGAACAUCUUUUAACAUUUGUGUACGAGCUAACUGUCAAAAUGAUGACAUGGUAGGUAAAUUAUUUUGAUGUCUGAUUGACCACUUAUUAAAGCAAGGCCUAUACCCAGAAACUCCAGUUUAUCCUACAACUUGAACUCUCAUGGUAUGGUUAAGAAUAAACUAUGCUCAAAUGAGCUCUUCUGAGUAAUGUAGCUGUGUAUCUCCUUUAAUGAUUAAGAGAGAGUGGCUGUGUUGUCAUGUAAGCUGAUCAAGAUGUACUACGAUGUGCUUAAGUCAGCCUCAGAGGUUGAAGGAAGGUAUUCAGGUAUGUGUUGUAACUUGGCUGGCCAAGUUACAGACUUUAUAUUUAAAUAGAAGCUUAAGAUGUAGUGCCUUUGCUUUUUACAAGACUUAAAAAUCAGGUUUUCUAUCAAAACACUAACUUUUGUUUGCCUCCCCUUCCCGCCUCCCCCAAGAUUUCUCAUAGAUGCUUUAGUAUCGAUUACUGUGGCCUCAAACAGCGGGACUGGAGUGGUUUGUGGAGCAGCACUUUGAUCUAAAUGCAACAGUCCUCCUGUAUAAUUUCACUCUUCACUGCGCCUAAUGUAGGUGUGGGCUGAGCAGCUUAUUAAGCUGUACACUACAUAAUUCACAUAUUGGAUUUUCAAACACUGUCCCGUGGAAGUUUAAGACUGUAAAUUAUGUACUAUAACCUUAUUUAUGGGGAAAGAUGCAAAUAGUGAGGAUUAAUGAAAUGAGAAUUUUUAUUUGCUUGGAAUCUACCUAUUAAGUGAGACUGGGCUUCAUUUUAAACUGAAAGAUGGUGUUCCCAUAAGUAAGAUUUAUGAAUGAAAACAUGAAAUUAGUGACUGUUCCAAGGAAGGAAUUGAACAAUGAGCCUGAUAACAUAUGUGGCAAACAGAGCAAGUGCUGUCAGUAGCCGUGUUAACUUCUGUCUGCUCAGUUGAAAGCACAUGCUCAUAACUAGCAAAUUGGAAUCUGGCAUCCCAAUUGCAGAAAAGACAAACUCUUCCAUGUUCCUGAAAACACAAGGACUUAAGUCAGAGUGCAGAGGUCUCCGCUUAGUGUUAGCGGGGCUUCCCAGUGAGCUGUACCUCAUAGGCUUGAGUUGCAUGUUUUUAGUACUAUUAUGUCCUUUAUUGUCCCUUUUUGGGCAGAGUUUUGUAGAACUGAAUUGCCCCAUAGAGGAGAGGAUACAGAUAUAGUGAUGAAUGUACGGGGCAGGUUUUGCUAUAGAAAUACCCUUAAUAUAUUUACUAAAUACGUCCAUAGCCAAACAGAUCUACUGCUGCUUUCCUUUAAUGUCUUAGAGGACUAUUACAGAAAACAUCUCAGUACAUACGUUACUCUCAGUACAUACGUUACUUUUUAGCCAAAUUCUCUUAUGAUUACAUUACUUGAAACUCUUAUUAGAGAGCAUUUGUUUUGAUAUACUAACUCUGACGUAUUUUGAUAUUGUAUGUUCCCUUGUUGAGAGAGCUCUAUGUACGUUUUUCUAAAUUUCUUCCUUAUUUCAUUAUCAAUAAAAUAUUUUCUUCUUUU